AUUUACAUCAGUAAAGCAGCGAACUUACAGUGGUAUAAAUUUUGAACUUUGGAAUCACGUAAUUUUACUUAUUAUUAUUUAAGGUCAGUCAUCAAGUUGGUUAAUAAAAUACCGGGGUAAUCAUUUAAUUUGUAGUGAAACACCGACGCAAUUGGAGUUGCAACAAAAUGUCAGUAGUUAUUUUAGACGGUGGAUUUUCUACUCAACUUUCUGUUCACGUGGGUGAGAAAGUCGACGGACAUCCACUUUGGACAGCGAGAUUUCUCGCGACAAAUCCAACCGCGGUUUUUCAAACUCAUCUUGAUUUUUUACGCGCUGGUGCUGACGUUAUAAUCACUAAUACUUAUCAAGCCUCGAUCGACGGAUUUGUUCAACAUCUUGGACUCACUAAAGUCGAAAGUUUUGAUUUGAUUACCAAAGCUGUUGAUUUGGCGAAGCAAGCGCUAGAAGUUUAUUUGGAAGAAAUAAAAGAUAGAGAAGUUUCAAAUAAAAAACCAUUAAUUGCUGGCUCCUGUGGACCCUACGGAGCUUCUCUUCAUAAUGGAUCUGAGUACACGGGUGAAUAUGCAUCAAAUAUAUCUAAAGAGUUUUUAAAAAAAUGGCACCGUCCUCGUAUCCAAACUCUUAUUAACUCGGGUGUUGAUUUACUGGCACUGGAGACUAUUCCCUGUCGAAUAGAAGCUGAAGCAUUAGUCGAACUGAUAAGAGAAUUUCCUGAUAUAAAAGCAUGGCUGUCAUUUUCCUGCAAAACAGACGGAAAAUCAAUCGUCGACGGUAGUGAUUUUCGCAGUGUCGCUAGUUCUUGUUAUAAUAAUUCUGUUUCGAAUCAAUUAGUUGCCGUUGGUAUCAACUGUCUUGCUCCUACAGCUGUCACUCCGUUAAUAAAAGGUAUUCAAAAUGAUGAUAAAUUUAUUCCACUGAUUGUUUAUCCGAAUAGCGGGGAAAUUUAUACUGUGUCCGAUGGAUGGAAAAAAAUCGGAACGGAGCCACCACUGGAAACUUUUAUUGAUGAAUGGUUGGAUCUUGGAGUGAGAUAUGUUGGUGGCUGCUGUAGAACUUACGCUCUAGACAUUUCUAAAAUAAUUAUUCAAGUUAAGAAAUGGCAGAAAAAAAAGCACAGUCUUGUUGCUCUAAGUGACAGUGAAAAACAACUCAAUACUUAAAAAUAUUAAUAGGUAGCGUUGGAACUGCAGUUUGUUUUUCAUUUUUUUUUUAUUCGCGAUAGUAAAAUAAAAUAUUACGUAGUUGUGUCCAUUGUCAAACUUGCCCUAGUACAAGUGCAUUACAUCGAAUAAUUACAAACUACUAAUU